AUAUAGCCGAGUAUUUUAUAGAUUUACUGUAUUUUUUUCUAUAAAUGAGUCAAAAAUUGCAAACCAUUGAAGCUCUUAUAUGCAGAGCUACAGAUGAGCAUUUAUCUCAGGAAAACUGGGAGUAUAUUCUAGAUGUAUGUGAUUGCUUGAAUCAAGGAGGGGAUAUAAAGAUGGCUAUAUUUGUUCUUCAGAAGCGUUUUUCAUGUGGAAAUGAGAAUAUUCAGUUGUAUUGUUUAAGCCUACUGGAAGCGCUUGUAAAAAAUUGUGGGAUAUCAGUGCAACGGGAAGUUGCAUCACAAGUGUUUAUAGAAAUGUUUCUUAAGUAUCUUGAGGAUAUUAAUGCACAUUUUAUGGUUAAGGAGCGAAUAUUGCUGUUAAUCCAGCAAUGGGCAGUUGAUUUUUCAUCUAAUCCACUUUUUGAAUAUGUAAGAAAGGUUUAUCAACAGUUUAAAUUUGAAUAUAAAUAUAUUCAAAAGGAAGAAAAGAAGGAUGAUCAAAAGGAGAGAGAGGAGAAAGAGCUUCAAUUAGCUUUGGCGCUUUCUUUGGGAAAAAAUGAGGAAAAUCGAUAUAAUUAUGAGAAAAAGGCGAAAUAUAAUGAAUAUAGUCCAUUAACACCUAAACAGGAUUAUUCUACAGGGUCUACUUCUAAAGUAAGGGCAUUGUAUGAUUUUCAUGCUUCUGAAGCGAAUGAAUUGUCAUUUCAAAGAGGAGAUAUUAUUACUGUUUUAGAAGUAGUACAUAAAGAUUGGUGGUAUGGGUUUUUGAAUGGGAAAAUGGGCAUUUUUCCUAACAAUUAUGUUGAAAAACUUCAGGAGCCUACGCCUAAUGAACUUAGAAAGGAAAUUGAAAAUGAAAUAAAGGUUUUAUCUUAUGAAGAGAAUAUCGAAAAAUUAUUGGAAAUAUUGAGUAAUGUUGGUUUAACCGAUAGUAAUAAUAUUAUAGAAAGUGAAAAAUUUCAGAAUCUUUAUCAUUCAACUUUAACGAUUCGUUCGAAUCUUGUAAAGCUUAUCAAGAAAUAUGCUCAGAAAAAAGACGAUAUUAUAUCUCUUAAUGAAAGAUAUGUUAACGCUAUGAAAGAUUAUGAAGUUCUUAUGGAAAAAUCGAUGUCGCAUUUUAGUUAUACGUCUUCACAUAAUCCAUCUUCUCAGCAAUACCAUGAUAAAAAACAUGAUGAUUUUCAAAAAUAUCCUGUCCAAUUGAAUUAUCCUUAUCAAGAUGAAGGCAUAAAUCGUUCAACAGAGUCUUAUUAUUCUGUUCGUCGUGAUAAUACAUACUAGACAUUUUUUUCCAGAUAUAAAAAGAUAUUUUCAGAAAUAAUAUAUA